GUGUGGAGAGGGAAGAGCGGCAGGGAGUGUGCACGGAGCAUGCGCAGACUCUCCUCACUGCUCACCUGUGCCCUGCUGCUCACAGCCAUGGUGAACUACAGGUUCCUGUCCGCAAAUUCAGUGAAGGUGGUGGGGCUGAUAUGCGCCUCGGUGUGUGCCUGGUAUUUGGGGUAUGUCUUUGCAGCGAUAUUACCGGAGGACUCGUUACAGUCGGCCAUUGGGAGUAUGCAGAAUAUAGUCGACAAACCUGUUAUGAAAGCUCCACUGCCCAUGAGACAGAAGUGUGCCGCAUGGAGAACCUGCUCCUCCUCCGAGGUUGUGUACCGCAUACGAAGUGGUGGCGGUACGAGUAAAUUACAUGAUAUCUGUCUGGAAGAUGAAAUAUUAUUCGGUGGAAUUAAGAAGACAGGAGAUAGAGGGAUAAACAUCGCUGUCGUCAACCGGGAGACCAUGAAGGUCACAGACACCAAGACAUUUGACAUGUAUGAUGGAGACUUCUCUGGACCAAUGGUUGAGUUCAUCAACAAGAUCGCCAGUGGCUCCAUCAUCCUGGUCGCCAGUCAUGACGAAGCAUCUUCAAAAUUAAGCGAAGAUGCCAAAAAAGUUUUUGAAAGCCUCGGCAGUAAAGAAGUUCGAAAUUUAAAAUUCCGCUCACAGUGGGUGUUCCUGGCUAUCAAAGGAGGCAAAGUCCCUGAAAAUAUCGAAAAAGAAAAGAUUAUCCACGCCAGUGACAAUAACCGAUAUGGCAGCUGGCCAGCAGAAAUCCAGAUUGUCGGAUGUCUCCCGAAAUAAAAUACAAAUACAAAAAUUUAAUAACUGGAGUAAAAAAUUCAGGAACCUUUAAGACAAAGACAGAGACUUCUAAGGACUUGAGCUUGCCAGCUCACAAAUAUUCCUUUGUAUAUAAAGCUCUAUGGAGCGGCAAAGGAAAGACUGACAUUAAAUAGGCAAACUGCAGGAAAUGUUUUAAUGAAAACCCCCCAAAAAUCUAGUUUUUGAAUGCUAUUUUUAUAAUAUAGACAACGAUUUGGGGGAAGGAUGAAUAUCUAUGUAUUUAUGUUUUCUCAGAAUUAUGUGCAUUUGAAAAGACCGAUCUGAGGAAUAGUACAUAUCAGGUCUAAGAUUCUACACCCCCCUCCCACCACCCCAUUGCUCAUUAAAAGUCAACUAGGAUUUUAAAAAAAUAUUUUAUUACUUUUCAUUGUAUCAUUGUCAUUAUAUUUACAUGUGACCUUCA